AUGGGGGGGCCCGGGGCGGCCGCGCUGCUCCCCGCGCUCGUGCUGGCCGUGCUGGGGGCCCCCGCGCCGCUCGCCAACCGCACCCGGGCGGUCGCGGAGCUGGGGCGCGGCUGGGACAGCCUGGUGGCCGGCUCGCUGGGGCGCCUGCGGGCGGAGCAGCCCCCCGUGCAGGGCGGGGCCGGGGACUACCUGCUGGGCAUCCGGCGGCUGCGGCGCCUCUACUGCAACGUGGGCAUCGGCUUCCACCUGCAGGUGCUGCCCGGCGGCCGCGUGGGGGGCGUGCACGCCGACACCGCCGACAGCCUGCUGGAGCUGUCGCCGGUGGAGAGGGGCGUGGUGAGCAUCUUCGGGGUGACCAGCCGCUACUUCGUGGCCAUGGACGACAAGGGCAGACUCUACGGCUCGCCUUUCUUCACCGAGGAGUGCAUGUUCCAGGAGACCUUGCUCGCCAACAACUACAACGCCUACGAGAGCUUCCCGCACCCCGGCCUGUUCAUCGCCCUCAGCAAGAACGGCAGGGCCAAGAAGGGCAACCGGGUGUCCCCCACCAUGAAGGUCACCCACUUCCUGCCCAGGCUCUGAC